AUGGACGAAAAACAGCCCAAUAAGAAGUCCAGGUCCAGGCGUCUGACCACCCUGGAGAAAUGUCUCAUCUUCCUGUUCCUGGCAAUGACCGGAGCCUGCAUUGGCCUUAUUGUCAUCUACUUUACUGAGAAGGACAACUCUUCUUCUUCUGGUGAGCUGGACUCGGGGUGCGGUGGUCCCAGGGAACUGUCUGGAGAGUCGGGUACUUUCUCCAGCUGGAACUACCCCAGCAGUUAUGACAAUGGCAGGAGCUGUACCUGGUACAUCACUGUGGACCCUGAUAAGGUGAUUCAUCUGUGGUUUGAAAACUUGGCUUUGGAGGACGACAAACUUUGUACGGCGGACUUCGUCACGCUAAGGGACACACUGGGGACACUUGGUAAAUACUGCGGCCAUACCAAACCCAAGCCAAUGGUGACACAGGGAAACCGCCUAGUGGUCUCUUUUGACACCAAUGACAGAAAGACUGACCAAGGUUUCAAGGCCCAUUACAAAGCUGUGGCCCCCGAGAGUGCAUCAGAAAUAGCCGGAGCCGGUGGCUAUGUCGAAGGUGACCAGGGAAAUUUGCUGACCCCUGGAUUCCCAGAGAAGGACUAUGAGAAUGGAGUGCUGUACCAGUGGAGAAUCACAGUGCCAGAAGGGGACAGAAUUCAGCUGACAUUCACCUCCUUUGACCUGGUCCCUGAGGUCUGUGGAGACUUCGUUGAAGUCUUUGAUGGAUACAAAGCUGGUUCCUCUAUACUGGGUAAAUUCUGCGGCGGGAGGCGCCCUAACCCAGUGGAGUCCAGCAGCAACACAAUGGUGGUGCGUUUUAAAUCAGACACCACUUUGACCUCCAAAGGAUUCAAUGCAACUUACACCAAGAUGAGCCCUCCACCUGUAGUAAGCUCCACUACAGUCACUACGCCCAGACCCAGCACCAGUAAACCCAUUAUGACCACGUCCACCACAUCCCAAACCACACGAGGCCCCCCAACAACCCCGGCAGCAUCUGGCUGUGGUGGCCCCGGAGUACUUCACGGACGCAAGGGUGUGAUCCAGUCCCUUGGUUUCCCAAAGCCAUAUCCUGCUCAUCUAAGGUGUUCAUGGGCAAUAUCAGUGCCCAUGGGCCUUUUGGUCAAACUGCAGGUCACUGAUAUGGCCAUCAGCGGAGAGACUGGCCGAUGCCAAGAAGACAAGCUGAUCAUUUCAGAUGCCUAUAUGACACGGGGUACACACUGUGGCUACAUGCUUCCCCCAGUGGUGGUCAGUGCCAGCAACACCAUGUUUGUCAGUUUCCAGUCUGACAGCCGCCUCACGGACCGAGGAUUCUCUGCAAAGUGGGAGGCCGUGUAUCCUGAGGAUCUCACGGAAAUCCAGGGCUGUGGAGUGUCUUCCAGCGAGGAGACCGGGGUCAUCAAGUCCCAGAACUGGCCUAUGAAUUACAAAGCCAACGCCGAGUGCAUGUGGAAUAUCGCCGCGCCAGUCGGGAAAAACAUCACACUGACGUUCACCCACUUUGAGAUUGAGGCUAAAAACAUCCUCACUUCCAGAUGCCUGGAUAACGUCAUGGUGUAUGACAUCAGAAUGCAGGACGACUUGUUGAUUGCAAAGCACGGUCCAUUUUGUGGGACUAAAUUGCCUCCCACUAUCCAGACAGUCGGCAACAGGCUGGUGGUGCACUUCCACGCGGAUCUCUUCACCGAGGCCAAGGGCUUCCGGGCCUACUGGACCACGAACACUGGUCUGCCUGCUCCCACUGAGCCCCCGACCCAGCCCAACCCCUGGGAUGACAUCCCCAUAGACUGGCCCAGCACCUGCGGGAAGCCUGCCAUUCCUCCCAGUGUCAACACUCGUAUUGUUAAUGGAGAGCCAGCAAAGCCCCACACCUGGCCCUGGCAAGUGUCCAUGCAGGUGUGGCCUCCCAGCAGACCAGAGCCCAGCUUCUCCCACAUUUGCGGUGGUACUCUUAUACAUAAAAACUGGGUGCUAACAGCAGCCCACUGCUUCAUGAACUACGCAGAUGAGCUGCAUCGGUGGCGCAUGUGCCUCGGCAAACACAACCUGACCCACACAGAGCCCAGCGAGCGCUGCUUCCCCGUGUCCGGCAUCUACCGCCACGAGGGCUUCAAGUACCCCACUGUGCCCACUGUGGAGUUUGACAUUGCCCUGGUUAGGCUGGAUGGAGAGAUGAAACCCAGUCGGGAGAUCUCCUAUGCCUGCCUUCCCGCCAAGGAGGAAGUCCUUCCAGGGGGAAAGAAGUGCUACGCCACCGGCUGGGGGGACGAGAAAGGUGAUUCCCUGAAUGCCAAAGUUGCUGAGGUUCUUAAUCAGGUGGCUUUGCCUGUUGUGCCCUAUGACACCUGUAAGAGAGCGGAUUACUGGUGGUUUCAAGUCAAGACCUCCAUGAUUUGCUGUGGUUACACCCAGCCGGAUGAGCUCAAGUCUGUCUGUCAGGGAGAUUCAGGUGGUCCUCUUGUGUGCCAAGAUGCUCCGAGCAGCCCUUGGGAGAUUCAUGGUAUCACCAGCUUCGGGCCUAUUGGAUGCAUUAUGAACAAGAAGCCCUCCGUGUUCACCCGCUCCUCUGCCUACAUCCCCUGGAUUGAGAAUGUCCUCCGAAGGGACAAAUACAACAACCACACAUCCGGCUGUGGCGGGCCAAAGGACUUGACUGGCACAUCUGGCACCCUGUCCUCUAUGGGUUACCCUGACACUUACAGCAACCAGGCCCUCUGCAAGUGGAACAUCCGGGUCUCCUCCGGCAAGCUAGUCCACCUCCGCUUCCACAACUUUUCCCUGGAGGAGAGUCAGCUGUGCGUUAACGAUAAAGUUGCCCUCACUGACCAAGCAGGCAGUCUAGGCACCUACUGCAGCCAAACACCUCCCCAGGAACUGGUGAGUGAUGGAGAGAUGCUUCACAUCAGCUUCUCCUCCAAUGACAAAGUAGUGGACACCGGCUUCACUGCCAGCUGGAAGGAAGUAGACCCCUCUGAGGCUCCUUGUGGGGGUCGAUUUAGCAGCGAACAAGGAGAAAUCACCUCUCCUAAAUGGCCAAAUGAUUAUCCGGCCCAGUCUGUGUGCACGUGGCGUAUCGCCAUUCCCUCGGCCACAAAGAUCCAUAUAGUAUUCACUCACUUUGAGCUGCAAGCUGCAAACAUACUGGGCAAGUGUGUGGACUACGUGGAGAUCUUCAAAGGAAAAGGGACCUCGCAAGGUCAAUUCUGUGGCUUUGCCCCGCCUCCAAAGGUUACCAUCACUGGCAACACGGCGGUCAUCCGUUUCCUUAGCAACGGAGUCAAUCAGCAGACAGGUUUGCGUGGUUAUUGGACCACGGAUCCCAGUGUGAUCCCUACUUUGCCCCCUCCACCCCAUAACCCAUGGGACAACAUCACAAUCGCCUGGCCAGAGGAUUGCGGCACACCUGAGGUGAUGCCCAGCAGCGCCACCUUGAGAGUGGUAAAUGGCGUGGAGGCAGUUCCCCACUCCUGGCCCUGGCAGGUCUCCAUGCAGGCCAGUCCAUUCCCUCCGGUUCCUUACAUGCACGGCUGUGGAGGCUCUUUGAUCCAUGAGGAAUGGAUCCUCACUGCUGCUCACUGCUUCAUGGUGCCUUUGAACAAACCGGGAUACUGGCGCAUGUGCCUUGGUAAGCACCAUAUGAACUCUUCAAUGGACGUUCCCUCUGCUGAGGCCUGCUACGAGAUUGAUGGAUCGCACUGA